GCUGGGCAGGCUGCAGGCUCUCUCCUCGGUGUCCCACCCGCCGCCCCAGCCGGGGUUACAGCCCGUGUGCCCCCCGGGGGAGCGGGGCCGAGCUGCCCGGCGGAGGAGGAGCCGGGUCUGCCCGGGGGGGCCGCCGGGAGGGGGCAGGGCGGCUGUCGCGCCCUCCCCGAGGCGAGGUGAUGCUCGUCCACGUGUCAGGGAGAUUUAAAAAGUUUGGCCAGGGAGCGAGGGCAUGCCCAGAAGAGUGGCUGGCAGGCAGCGCGGGGGACACCGCGGGCAUGGCCGGCCUCUGCCAGCAGCCGCCCGCAGCCACCCCUCGGCGCAGCCCGAGGAAGGCAGGGGACGGCGGGGCGCUGCCGGGGUCCCCGCUGCUGCUGCUGCUUCUCCUCGCCUCCUCCAUGUCUGCUUGCAAAGGUGCACCAAUGCCAUCUCAGGCACUUGAGGCAGAUGAGGAUUUGCAGCUGUGGAAAGAGAUAGACGAUGCAUGUUCUGCCUACCUGUCCACAGAUUCUCAGCCUCAGACAUCCAGUAUACUGGAAGAACUCUGCUUUCUGGUAAUCGGAUUUCUCCAGAAACCACAGGAUUUAGAUGAAAAAGACAACACCAAAAGGUUCUUAUUUCAUUAUUCUAAGACUCAUGACUCAGGCAACUCAGACAUCAUGUCGUCUGUCCUGCAUCCUUUACUGCAACUCGUUCCCCAGCUUAAUGAGAGAAGACUGAAGAGAUACAAAGUGGACGAAGAACUUCAAGGGCCUGGAGGGAUUCAAAGCAGAGGCUACUUUUUCUACAGGCCACGCAAUGGAAGGAGAUCAGUGGAUUUUCGCUAAGGAGGAUUUCGGAUUCCUGACCUAGAGCUAAUACUGUACGAGUGCCGAGUACAUGGACAUACUGUUUUCCUUAGAAAAAUUAAUCACUACCAAUGUACAAUUAAAAAACACUAGUAUGUAAACAUUCUUAAACUAGAUUGUUAAGGAUUCAAAAGUUUCUUUACUUUCUUGAUUAUAUUAAAAACAUAUUAAAAUUAUUUGUUUCUUAGUGUUAUGAUGUUUACAAUUGUGUGUAAUGUAUUUGUAAAAAUGUGCAUGCAGCAGAUAUUGCCUCUAACAACCGUUAUGUACAUUUAUUUUCCCUUAUAA